GACACCAGUUCGCGCUAUUAACCACGCGAGAAAACGGCGAAUUGGACAUGGAAGGAAGUGGCGCGAAAUGUUCAUGCAGAAAUGGCACGCAUAUGCAGGUUCAAUUACUCCCAACUGCCAUGGGGGCUGCCCCUAUGCGGGUGGAUUGGUGGAAUAAUACUUUUAAUUCCUAAAUCGGGCCAAUUCUACCCCGACAUUCAUCACGUCAGGAGAGGAGAGACUGGGAAUUUCCCCGGCGGGAUUGCGGGGUAAGAAAUGGGGUUUGGUAAGAUACCCCUUUUUGCAU